AGCUCGACCUACCACGCCGGAAUCGGCUCGCUUCAGAUGUACGCCCACCACGUCACCGCGCCGACCACGGAUGGGGACCGGCCAGAGUACCACAUGACCCAGAUUGACACUUGGGGAAUGACCGGCAAUAUCGAUACCUUUCAGCGCAGAGCUACCGCAUUCAGAAACGCCAGGGACUUGGCUCAACGGCACCGAGACAACUUCGUCGAGGCUGCGAACGCCAGAGCGUCU